CCGCCCCUCGCGGCCGCUUUUCCCGCCUCCGCCGGGGCCGAGCAGCGGGCCGGCUGACAGUUGAGGAUGGCGGGAGCCGAGGAGCCCUGUGGGCGGCAAUCGGAGCUGGAGCCCGUGGUAUCGUUGGUCGACGUACUUGAGGAGGACGAGGAGCUGGAGAACGAGGCUUGCGCCGUACUGGGUGGCAGCGACUCGGAGAAGUGCUCCUACUCGCAGGGCUCUGUAAAGAGACAAGCACUGUAUGCCUGUAGUACCUGCACCCCAGAGGGAGAAGAACCAGCAGGAAUUUGCCUGGCUUGCAGUUAUGAAUGUCAUGGAAGUCAUAAACUAUUUGAGCUCUACACAAAAAGAAAUUUUCGUUGUGAUUGUGGAAAUAGCAAGUUUAAAAAUUUGGAUUGCAAAUUAUUUCCUGACAAAGCAAAGAUAAAUUCUGGCAAUAAGUACAAUGACAACUUUUUUGGAUUGUACUGCAUUUGCAAGAGACCUUAUCCUGAUCCUGAAGAUGAGAUUCCAGAUGAGAUGAUCCAGUGUGUGGUCUGUGAAGACUGGUUCCAUGGACGGCAUCUUGGUGCCACUCCCCCUGAGAGUGGGGAUUUCCAAGAGAUGGUGUGCCAGGCGUGCAUGAAACGCUGUUCUUUCUUGUGGGCUUAUGCUGCACACCUGGCAGUAACCAAAGUAACUGCUGAAGAUGAUGGGUUUGUGCUGAAUGUUGAUGGAGUAGGUGAUCAGGAAGUUAUCAAACCUGAAAAUGGAGCUCAUCAAGAUAGUGCCCUCAGAGAGGAUGUUCCAGAACAUGGAAAGGCUGCUGAGAAGGAAGUUAAAACAGAGCAGAUGAACGAACCAUGUACCAGCUCUAGUUCUGAAUCUGAUCUCCAGAUGGCAUUUAAGAAUCAGCAUCUCGACACAGAAUCACAGUCUGGCUGCAAACUUCAGGAGCUUAAAGCUAAGCAGUUUAUAAAGAAAGACACUGCCACCUAUUGGCCCCUGAACUGGCGUAGCAAGUUAUGUACCUGCAACGAUUGUAUGAAAAUGUAUGGCGAUCUAGAUGUCCUGUUCCUGACAGAUGAAUAUGACACAGUUCUGGCUUAUGAAAACAAAGGCAAGGUUGACCAGGCAGCUGACAGGAGAGACCCUCUAAUGGACACCCUUAACAGCAUGAACAGAGUCCAGCAAGUGGAACUUAUUUGUGAAUACAAUGACUUGAAGACAGAACUGAAAGACUAUCUCAAGAGAUUUGCUGAUGAAGGCACAGUGGUUAAGAGAGAGGACAUUCAGCAGUUCUUUGAAGAAUUUCAGUCAAAAAAGAGAAGAAGAGUGGACGGGAUGCAGUAUUAUUGCAGCUAGACUGGAGAACGGCGCCUUCUCAUCCAGGCCAGUGAAGAUGCCACUUACUGUUCCAGGAAUAAAAGAGGCAUAUUUCACCUUUGGUCCUCCUCCGUCCUCUGCUUGGAGAGGGCUCCUCCUCCAGCUUUGACUUUCCUUCACUCUCCUUAACGACAGUAGCCACCAUGUUUAUGCUGAUUUCACAACCAGCAUUCUUCUUUCUGACUCAGCUAAAUGCAACUCAUUCCACAGACUUGAGCCCCCCACCCCAGUCUACCAGCCAGGGUUAUUUGCUCAUAAGUUUCAAGAAGUUUGAUUUGGUUUUGAGAAAGUAAACUGGAUUUUUUUUCUGAUUUAUUCUUUAACUCCCAAGUGUGUCUGCUUGGCCACAGAGCCGCUGUCUUCCAGGGCCUGCUCUGUGAAGCUCUCUUCCUGUCAGCUCUCACCUCCGUAGGUCCCCUCACCCCUAUGAUCGUGGUGCCUUGGGUCAAAGCUUCCUCAAGCCUGGUCUGCUCCUUCUCCCACAUCCCUGUUUUCUGAGGUUUGGUCAUGGUUUAGAAGGGAUCUCAGAGCUUGCUUCCUCCGGGCCGAAGCUUCGGAGUAGCCGGGACUGAUGGUUUUCUGGCCUAGGUGUCUGUCACAGGCAAGGAGAUUGGCUGGUGCCGGGAUCGAGGAAGCCUACCUUUGUUACAAAUGUUACUAAUAAAUUUAAAGUGAAAAUUUCAUUCACAAAUCUACUGGCCCUAGAAUAUUAGAAUUUCAGUACUGUAGUGCUCACAGGGCUUCCUGGAGAAAAUCUGCCAUUAUCCUAGUCCCUCUCUGCUGCCUAGAAAAUAGACCGGGUACUACCCUGUGAAAUCUUGGUGGUUUACAAAGUCCUCUGGCUUUCUUUAUAUUAUCAGGGAUAUUCAUAAGCAUGUAUUAAAAACAGACUUAUUUUGAUAUUGUUCUGUUAAGAAAAUGUUAUUAGAACCCCAAUAAAUUAUUUUUCCCCUUAAAUCUGUGCUGAAGAAAAAAGAUACUGGCUUAGCUUACUUGUAGCAAGCAGGGCAGUGAGUGCCCUGUCUUAGGAGAGGCAGACUGUGUGGAAGGGAUUUCAGACGAGGCCCGAGGCUGCGCAGAUAAUGAGCGUCAUGUAUCUCAGCGCUACUGUCCACGGCUGAGUCCCCAGUGACUGUGAGGGCCUCUCUUGGGGAACCUCACGGGAUGUUGUAUAAAACCCCAUAUUUGAGGGGAUGGCCUUUCAGUUGGUUUGAAAUCUCUUUAAAGCCCCUCAGUCUGUAUGGAAAACCCUUUUGAUAAAGAGCCCUCAGUGCUCUCUCCCUCUGGAGGAGUGUGGUCUUUCCUGACAGCAUAUGACACACUUUGAGGUGUGUGACUAUAAGCAUUUGAGGCUUUGGGGCCACAAGUGUAUAUUAAUAUUUUUUGUGUGUCCAGCAGUCACAAGUGCCCACCGAUCCCUGGAUAAGGUGAACUAGGCCUACAGAAAGUCAAGGCCUUGAAGAAAUAGUACAACUCAUGUUUUUCUGCAUCAGAUCUCCUAAUUACAGAUCCUCAUAAAGAGUGACAUGUGGAGCUGGAAGAUCUCGUGGCCACAGGAGAUGCCUGUGUGCUCUUCGCUGGCCUCGUAGAAAGGGUGAAAAGGCCAGGGCGAGAGCUCACAGCAUCUUCCAGAUGGUUUGCAUCCCCAGCUUGGGAACUCUGUUCCAAGUCUGAGGAUUUUUGAACCCCCUCUGGAAGGUGGUACUAGUUGUGUACCACUGUGGCCUGACAGUUUCUACCUUCUCAGACAUUUGAUUUAACGACCAGAAAGUUCCUUCCUUCUUCUGACAGGUCAGGACCAAGUCUCAGAGGCGGUGCAUUGCUGUGCAGCACAGCACAAGUCACCCAGUGCUGAAGGGCUCGUUUUAGGAAAGGUACUGUUCCUUUUACAUUGACCAGAAAACCUCUUUUUUUUACCUGUUGUUCACAAACUAGUUUUCUUAUUGACUGUAUUGGACCGUCUCUUCUUGUAGAGACUGAUUUUGGCCAACAUGUGGCAGUUGAUAUUAAUGCAUGUUUUAUGCAAAACAAGAAUAUGAUAUUAGUUACUUUUAAGGAAUUCUGGCAUUGUACGUGCAUUUUUGUAGAGUUGUUACUGGACUUAUAAUUACAUACUUAACUCUAAUCAGGUUUCUGUAAAAUUUAAAUAAACCAAUUCGAAAUA